CUUGACAUUUUCAUAUCUCCUCAUCACCUCUGUUGCCUGCGGCGGUUGAUGGCAACAGAGUGAACCUCGGCCCUCGGCGACGGUUGUCACUUGCAUCAGCACAUGCAGACGACAUGGGACGGCCGGAAAUAAUGAUAUCGACUAGUUACCUGCCGAACGGCGUGUCGCCGAGCUCGGACAGGAGCGAUGCCCGGGAUGCGGGAGACUCCCCGGAGCCCACUUCGAUGUCCAACAACGGGCAGUCAAUUAGCGGCAACGGCAGCAACAACACCAUGACUACCGAACUGGCAGCGCGCGCUUGCGAGAAAUGCCGGAGCUCCAAGCGACGCUGCGACAAGACGCUUCCCCAGUGUGAGCGCUGCUGUCGCCUCAAUGCCAAAUGCGUCUACCUCGCCGACCCUGUCGCCGCCAACUCCAACAACCCAGGCGCUCCCGUCGUCGUCUUCCAGUCCCAGUCCCUGCAGGUCGUCAACGACGUGCUGCUGCGAGGAUGCGACCCCCUCGAGGAGCUGACCGCAGCGCACAUCCUUCGCCUCGUUGCCGCUGACGCGCAGCAGCCCGGCGAGAAGCUUGACUGGGUCGACGGUGUGCGCUCCUAUUUCAACUGUGUGCAUUCAUGGUACGCCGUGGUGCACCGCACCCUCUUCGAGCAGCAGAUCGCCUCCCUGUGGUCUGCUGCCGACUCUCCCGUUCCGCAAGUCUACUCGCCGCCCUUGACCAACACGCCCUCGGACAAGGCUCUUUCCGUACAUCAGUCGUCCUCGGUCCUCGACUCGGCCCCGGAACACAUGGGCCGCGACUUGGCCAUCCUCAUCGUGACCAUGUAUCUGACCGUAAGACUGCGUCCCAACGACAGGACCAUGUUCGACGAAACAUACCGCUCCAUCAAACGGGUUCUGACCCUUUCAUUCCUCGAUGGUCCCGUGCCCACAUUAGAGCUGGUACAGGCUGGCGCCUUACUUGCUUUAUACGAGUAUGGACACGGGGAUUCCUUUGCCGCCUAUCGAACACUAAGCGAGACUGUGGCUGCCGGCAGAGUCUUGGGCGUCCAACCAGGUCGGCUGGAAGACGGGUUCCCCAGCAAGAUGCUGGGGCUGGCGGAUGAGCAGAACAGUGGUCUGUGGUGGGCCAUGUUUAUUCUCGACCAGUUUCUCCAUCGAGACGAAGUCUCCAAAAACCUGCCUUUUAUCCUCGAGUCGCCAGACGAGCAGACCCUGCUCCCUGGCUCCAUCACUGCCUCGCAGAUUACUCAGCACGCCGGAGGCUACGACGUGAAGUACCUCUGCGAACCCAUGACGCCGCCGUCGCGGCGGAUGUCCAUCGCCGUACCCAUCAACGCGACGUCCAUGGAGUCCUUCCAGCUUUCGGCCAAGGUGGCAAGUUUACUGCAUCGAGCCUUGCGUCACGAGUACGAUAUCAGAACGAAAACACCGAAUCGCUUGCCCGCCGUCAGCUUGUUUGUAGAGUUGGAUCGCGAGAUUCGGAGCACCACCAUGGCGUUGUUGCAGGAUGAUAUCAACUGGCAAGCGGCGCUCGACUGCUUCGCCAUGUGCGUCUCCGCGCUGUUUACUCUCUACCUCCCCUUCCUGCCCGUCCUGCAGUCCAAAACGGCACAAGAGAUCAACGGGGACUACGAACUGACGACGGCCCUCACGGCCCUCCGCUUCGCCAUGAAGAUGUCGACCGAUAUUUCAUGCAAGAUGAAUGGGGAUAUCGCGAGAGAGGUCAACUCGGUCCGGUAUCUCGCGGCUCCGGCCGCACCGACGUGUUAUUUGGUCGUCAUGGCUUACGCGGGGCUACGUAAAGUGUUCCCUGAGCAAUGGGACCAGUGCCAGAUCGCUAUGAUGGAGAAGUAUGAGAGUCUAAAGUUUUUCAGUUAUAGGUGGGGGAUUGCUGAAAAAAUCAUGCGCCAGCUAGAGGACGUGGUUGGCUUGGAUCGAAAUGACUUCCUUAGCGGCCAGAUGCCAACGCCGCCCUUCAUUGAAUCGAGUGGCCCGAUGGAUUUGAGUCGGUAACGGGAUUCUAGUUUUAGACGCAAUCGAACUGUCGAACGAACACUACAUUCAAACGUUUAGUAUGGGGUAUAUAAUACGAGCCGACCAA